GGGCUGGUCCUUUUUCCGGCAUGUUCUGCGCCUGCGCAGUCUAAUUGUUAUGUGGGCGCAACUGUCUGGGGCUGUGUUUUCGCAAUUUAACACUUAAAUUGGUCAUUUAAAAACUCUUUGCAUUAAUCAAAUGUAUCGUCUUACUGCUGGGAAACCUUUGCUUUUGUAAAACUAGAAUUUUAUCUUCAGAAGAUUUUUUUAAACUCCGGUUUUAACGAUGUUGCAGUCAACGGUAAAGAACUUCAAAAUCAACUUCAACGUUGCAAGGAGUACUUUCUCCAGUGGGGAUCUGAUAGCAGGACACAUUACCUUCGACCUCACAAAGAAGACGAAGAUCACGUCAAUAACGAUGGCACUGACAGGAAAGGCGAACGUCCGCUGGUCCACCGGAGGAGGAAAGAAUCGUCAUAAGAAAGUCUACUCUGCAAAACUGGAAUUCGUCAACUUCAAAAGCGUCAUCGUGCAAGAAAACAGGAUUACUGGUGAGGCAGCAACAUUCCAGCCUGGCACGCAUGUCUACCCAUUCACGUGUCAGUUCCCACAUGGAAACUUCCCGUCCACCUUCCAUGGGGUUCAUGGACACAUAACGUACUCCUUGACAGUGGGCGUCCACAGAGCCUGGCAUAUGGCCAAGGAUUUUGUGACAGAGUUGAACUUUGUAAACCGCAUAAAUACCGACCAGCCUGAGCUGCAUGCUCCGCUCUCAGGCUCCAACAACAUGACACUGUGCUGCCUUUGGUGUGCCUCCGAUCCUAUCACGAUGACCGUCAGUUUAGAGAAGAAAGCCUUCAUCCCUGGGGAAACUGUGAAAAUCAUUUGUGAGUUUAGCAAUGCGUCGUCUUGGACAGUUACUCCAAAGGUGACACUACAACAGAAGCAGGUUUACUACACCCUCAGCAAGGCCAGCAGGAGGAUGCUUUUCAAAAACGUGGUGUCCGUGACUGGACAGCCCGUCUGUGCUCACACCCAUGACGUGCACACUUCGAUCCUGCUCACUAUUCCCCCGUCUACAACACUCACCGUCUCUAACUGCAGCAUCAUCGACGUCGAUUACAUCAUUGAGGUGAGCCUCAGCACAAGAGCUUCCGCCAACCUCACAGUACUGUUUCCCAUCAUCAUGUGUGACACCACUGUUGACGCGUACCCACCACCUUAUUUCUUCAGCCCCAGCAAAUAGCAGGUACCAAGGAUAUGACUGUCAAAGGUGCUCAAGUAAUGACAUGAGUAUCAGGUGAAUGAGGAGACUAGUGACAGAACCUUUACAACAGCCCACGGUUGUUUUUCAGGACAGUCUGAUAUCACCAGGCUAUGGCUUUGUAGACUUCCACAUGAAAUGAUUUUUUGUACUAUAAUAGGUAAUAUAAUCAACUUUAAUAUAAUAAAAGUGAAUCAUGUUUGAGUGCACGGAGCACUGACACAA